CUAGGAUCAAUGUCACAGGAUCUUGUUCAUGUUCUUGCUUUUUAAAUUUAGUAGGGAUCGAGCGCCCGCUUAUUCAUCUUGUUCUAAAAUCCUAAUCCAUUUCCAACAUCAUACUUAUUAAUACUCAAAGAAAGAGGACCGAUCAUCAUACUUAUAUUGUGAAGGAAAAAUAAUACCCGAGUUUGUUCGUCUUUUGAAAAAAAUGAAGCACUUUCCACAUGCAUGUUCUUUCGUUUUGCUGUCUCCAUGCGAUACUAGUGGUAGCACAAGUACUAGUACAUCAAUGUGCAUGCUGCUGUUGUGAGCUUUUAGAGGCAAACUGUAGUACAAAAGCCGCUUGAUAAAAGAAGCGAAAAGGAUCUUAGAGCUGUCACCACGAAGAUCAUAACAGCUACAAUCCUUUCUGGAAGACAAAUCUGCUGAAAUCUGGUGCCUUUUUAGGCUGCGUCAUAUCCGCUAGUACUAAUUACAGUUCCGGAUGACAAUGGUUGCACCCAAGUUUGUAUCUGGACGCCGAAUAGGGGUGCUUUUUCAUCCUCCUAGGUGUUUAUCUGUUCGCCUGGGGAAUCCGAUAAUUGUAUCAGUAUCCCGUAGCGAUAGGACGAGCAGAAAUACACAUCCUAGGAAUUUCAGUUCUGCAGGUAGUGCUGCAACUUCAACGUGUAAAGUAAACAGGAAUAUUUCAACAGAUUCUUAUCUUGACAAGAUCAAAAAAAUACAACAGGGGUCUACUUUUGCUAAUGGUCAUUCAAUAUCACCACACCAAAAUCCAUUCGAGCAAGUCGUGACGUCUAAUUUCUAUCGUCAAGGAUCAGUCUCUUCGUCUAUUGUAUCUGGUGCUAGUUGUUGUACAACAUCCACUAGUGGUGCUCCUUCUGUAGGAACAAAUUGCAGUGUUGUACCUUGUGAGACAGGUCACGCUCACGGCGACCACGCGGAUAAUCAGCUGGAGAACAGUUCAUUUACAUCUGAAGGCGUGCUGGACAUCAAUUCGUCGCAUACACCGGCAUCUUUUCUUUACCCAGCGUUUAGUUCCGGAGCUACUAGAAACACCGCGAUCAAACUUGAUUACGUUCCUCCACCAGAAGUAACAAUGCCGACUCUCUACUGGGGAUACUACGGUGAAAAUUCCAUCCUCGUGACGGGCGACACCAUUCAAGUGAAAGGAACACUGAAGGAACUCGGUGGCAAUUGGAACAUGAAGGGUACCAUUACUAUUACAAACCCUUUGCAAUUCUUCUGGGAGGAGCGACUUGCAUUAGGAUGGAUGAUUCAUGAGUUUUCUAGUAAUUGCUGGAAUAUAGUGUUCUCACAGCGUAUUCGGUCCUGGUCGGACCAUAUUGGGCUGCUCCUAUGCGUAUCUAUGAUUAGCAACUACUUUUUCGUGGAACUCGAAUUCGAUGAGGGAGACAUCAACAACACUACGCACUCUUCUACUCAAAGAACUCUUCACAAAAAACAAAGAAAAACGUACCAAUACCAAUGUAUUAUGAUAUAUCCAGAGAAAGGCUGGAUGAUGCAGAAAUCGAAGUGGGACGGUAUUCAGAAGAAGCUGGAAGAGAUGUGCAUCGUGAAACAGCUUGACGAGUCAGGUGAACCAGUUCCCAAGCGGCAAAAAACAGAAGACAAAAGCAGUAAUCCUUUAACUGCUGGACCUUCAGCGGAUGACAAGUUCAUCGAUUUAGGCCAGAGCAAACGCGUUGCUUUGACUAUUUUUAAGGCUUCCACAAAUCCAUCUUCAUUCUUCGAGAGCAUCCUGCCUGGCUGUGACCUCCUUGUUUGAGAAGUGGGGAAAGAAAGAGGCAGUUCUAGGAUUCGCCUCAAGAUGGAUUUAGGGAAGGUCUAACAUUUACCAAGGAAGGAAAAUGAUUAACUUCCGAGAAUUCUACGAAGAUAAGGCAUCAGGCGAAAUGAAGCCUGGAGCAAAGGGAAUUACGCUCACUGCGGACAAUUACAAGAAGGUACUCACGAUAUUUUUUUACAACUUGGAACUUCCACUUUAGUUACGAUCGUAAUUUGUAGAGGUAGACAUAGUUAUACCUACAGUCCAUUUUUCCAUCUUCUAGACCAAAUGAUUGAUCUAGGCUCUCUCUUUAUUUUUGUUUACGUUAAAUAUAUACAUUCAUUCUAAAAAGGUACAAGUAGCUCUCGCUUCAGCAAGGAUAAAGUUUCAAUUUAAUCUUAAUGUACAUCAAUCCUUAUCGUUAUCCUACAACACAACUACAGCUAUCCGAUAAGUAUGAGCAAAUGGAAGAGGCCAUUGGAGCUCAAGAGGACGCUUGGUUCGAAAUUGAAGGUGGGAUCCAGACAAAGCGUUACUUUACUCUCAGCUCGUACAAGGGCAAGUGGUAUGUCGCCGUUCGGGAGUACUGGAAUUAUGGCUAGUGCAAACUGUAGAUGUAGUUACAACGUCAAUCAAUUUCAAUGUAUAUCCCUAACCCCACGUACUGUGGGGCAGACGAUUAAAUUGUCGUCCUUCAGAAGCACAACUACUUCUACCGCAUUAUAUAAUUUACGAGAUGAGUUAGAGUUGGAGACGAUACUACAGAGGACAUUUCGUAAAGAACAAGGGUAGGAUACUCUAUGUCCAUGAUAACACCAUGAUCACUCGCUCUUUCUAAUGAAUGCCGGAGCUCGAAGAUGAUUUCAAACCAGGAAGGAAGGGACUGACAAUCAGCGUCGACCAGUACCGCAAGAUUUCGGAGAACCACGAGACUAUCUUGUCUUGGUUGAGUUAAGCACAGUCCGUUUUUGGUGAACCGGUGCUACCAGGAGACUUGACGCAGAAGUAAGAAAUGCAAAAUGUGCACGCAGAGGAGGACAAGAUGCAAACAAUGGGAAUUAGGAGGGAAAAGGAAACUAAUCCGGAGGAGAAUAAGCUGAUAAAUAUGCACUGGAUUUGAGCCGCUGUAUCCACCUUGCUCAUGCUGCAGCAAAUGUGAAAAAGAACUCUACUAAACCUAGCGAAAUUUCUAUGAAUCCACAGCUUUAUUUUUAUAGAAUAAAGAGAGACCUCAAGGUCAAGGGUAAGGCUGAUCCUUAAAUCUAAAAGCCUGUCAGGUCAAAGCCCUCGUUCUGACAUCACUCAAAAACAUGUACCAGAAACAGAAUUUUUGUUUGUUAUAUUUUGAAGCCACCGAUGGCUGCUACAAAAAUCACCAUCAUACAUAGAAACGACAACACGUGUUACAUGAUACUCCCUAUGAUAAGACCCGCUUGAUUGUACGAUUAUUCUGAAUGACGAAUAUGCUGAGGAACAACAACAUCAUGCGAUAGUAGCAGCCUCUAAAAACUCUCAAAAUCCCAUGACAUGCCCCAGCACCUGCAACAGCAACAGGCGGAACGCUUUUUAUUGUUGAUCUAAGAAGUACCCGUAUUAUGUUCAUGACACGCAGCAGGUCAAGAAUGUGGUGCUUAAUGGAAGCCACCCGUCCGGAGACAUGGUUGGAAUGGAAAAACAAGAACAAGCACUAGGAUUCACGUCCGGAUCAGGCGUUC